AUGCUUCACUAUUUGUUGACUACACUUGUGUUGCCCACUGCAGACCUGAGGAAGAACUUUGAGCAGGAGCCACUGGGGCGGGAGGUUCGGCUGGAGCAGGAGGUGCUCCUGCAGUGUCGCCCCCCGGAGGGAAUGCCAGCUGCUGAGGUUGACUGGCUGAAGAACGAGGAAGCCAUUGCUCCGUCACAGGAUUCCAACUUCCUGAUCACCAUUGACCAUGAUCUGAUCAUAAAACAGGCCAGACUCUCAGACACGGCAAACUACACGUGUGUGGCUCGUAACGUGGUGGCCAAAAGACGCAGCAGCACGGCGACUCUCAUCGUUUACGUGAGUGGAGGUUGGUCUUCUUGGACUGAAUGGUCAGAGUGCAAUGCUCAGUGUGGGCGGGGCUGGCAGCGACGGACACGCAGCUGCACCAAUCCUGCUCCUCUGAACGGUGGCGCCUUCUGUGAGGGUCCGCCCUUCCAGAGGGUGACCUGCACCACACUGUGUCCAGUGGAUGGAGGCUGGACAGAGUGGGCAAAGUGGUCCGCCUGUGGUACAGAGUGCACCCACUGGCGCAGCCGCGAGUGCCAAGCUCCCCCUCCCAGGAACGGAGGGAAGCACUGCAGCGGCAGCAUGAUGGAGAGCAAAAACUGCACUGAGGGGCUGUGUACACGUAAUAAAAAGAUUUCUAUUGAACAUGCAACCCAUCCGCUAGCUCCAGGUAUGGGCGUAGCAGUCUACGCUGGUCUGGUGGUGGCCCUGUUGUUGUGCGUGAUCCUGGCGCUGUGCGUGGGAGGGCUCGCUUAUCGUCGCAGACGCCGCCAUCUCCAUGGAGACAUCACAGAUUCCUCAUCCGCACUCACAACCGCUUUCCACCCCGGCAACUACAAGCCUCCCAGACAAGAUAACCCUCACCCUCUGCAUCCCUCAGCUCCUCCGGAUCUGACAGCCACAGCAGGGACUUUCCGUGGGCCGCUCUUCUCACUGCAGCACGUGGUGAACGACAGCCCCCACAAGAUCCCUAUGACCACCUCGCCCCUGCUGGACCCCCUGCCCAGUCUCAAAAUCAAGGUGUACAACUCCGCCACACUCUCCUCCAUGGAGCUCCCCGCCGACAUGGUCAUUAGCGACGGGGAGAUCCUCAGCCUGAAGUCGGUGGGCACUGUGGGUAGAGAGCGAGACUACCACAGUCACACACUGUCCAGAGAGCCCGGGCUAAGCACCAGUGCCACCCUGGGUAACCUGGGAGGACGCCUCACCAUCCCCAACACAGGUGUGAGUCUGCUGGUCCCCCCUGGCACAAUCCCCCAGGGGAAGUUCUACGAGAUGUACCUCAUUAUCAACAAGUGGGACAAAACAACGCUACCCUCAGAGGGCAGUCAGACUGUACUAAGUCCUGUGGUGAGCUGCGGUCCGUCCGGCAUGCUGCUGAACCGUCCUGUGGUCCUCACGUUGCCCCACUGUGCUCAGCUAGACACGCCCACACCCGACUGGACCCUCACACUUAAGACGCAGACGCACCAGGGGGCGUGGGAGGAGGUGCUGACGGUGGGCGAAGAGACUUUGUCGUCUCCUUGCUACCUGCAACUGGAGGAGGAGUGUUGUCACGUGCUCAUGGAGCAGCUGGGGACGUACGGCCUGGUGGGUCAGUCCUGCCCUCCACAGCCCGCCUGCAAACGCCUGCAGCUGGCUCUGUUCGCCCCCCGAGCACCGUGCCUCUCGCUGGACUUCAGCCUCAGGAUCUACUGCAUCCAUGACACCCCGCAUGCCCUCAAGGAGGUGCUGGAUUUGGAAAGGAGUCUGGGUGGAGUUCUGCUGGAGGAUCCCAAGCCGCUGCUCUUCAAAGACAGCUACCACAACCUGCGCCUGUCCAUCCAUGACAUUCCCCACACCCACUGGAGGAGCAAACUACUGGCCAAGUACCAG